CCCCAAACUAGAGACAAGUGGAGAGAAAAUGAUUUAAGGUAUCUGCUGGUGUAAGGAAUGAAAGAACAGUGAGGCAUCGAUCUUUGUGGGGGUUUGUUUUAAAGACAUCGGGAGUGGAUUUCUUUUGAGAGGGGCAGCAGCACCAUGGUGAUCGCGGACAGUCCUCCUUUCGGUGGGCAGCGCUUGUAUUGCGGGAGCUCCGGGCAGAGGAGACCUCCAUUGGAGCUCCUGAAGCGGCCCCGGCUUCCUGUGAAUGGAUUGAGUCCGACAUGUGGCCUUUCACCCCGCCCUACGAAACACGACCAUGCAAGCCACACUCGGCGAAUUGUUUGUUAAUAGUCCAAUUAGAUAAUUGCCAUCUUUCACUCUUUCCCCCAUUUCCCAUAAAAGAAUGAAUGCGGAGAGCAGCGUGAAGAGGGCUUCUGCCCCACGAGGUGACAAGGAGGACUGGAGCGUGCUUCAAGCAGCCAUCCAUUUACUUGAAUUGAUUCAUUGUCGGAUAAUCAAUGGUCUUAUUGGAUUAUUGUCCAUUCGAGGUACCCAGUAUAUUGUUGCCCUGACAAUGAAAUAACUGAGGUGAAACUUUUCAUUUAGAGAAUCUUUAGUUAGGAUUUUCCGGACUGGCUGUUUCCUGUGGAUAUAUUUUGAAUAGACUUUUCUCUCUCUCUCUCUAUCUGGGCAGUCCUAAAGGUGACUCAGUCUCACUGCUCUGAACGUUCAGUUCAAGGGACACCAAGCUCAAAGGAGUUCAGGCUUUAGAGAUGGCUGCUUGCGGCGCUAAUAUUACACCAUGAAAACUGCUCAGAACUUUCCUCAAACUCUUAACUCUCUGACAAGUGUAUUUUUUCGCAUUUGAGACCAGUCAGUUUAGCGUAUUUAGCUGCCUGAUUGAAGGCGAGCACAGAAACCAUCUAUUAAGAUCUGAUAUAUAAUCCAAACAAGUCUGUGUAUUCAUGGAGUAACGUAAAUGUCGGACCGUAAAAUUACCCAUAAUCAAUUGAAACGACAAGUGUGUACGUACUAUGUGCCUGGUAUUUGUAGAUCUCCCACAACAGUAAAUCUGGAAGUCUACAGCUUAAAGCACUAUGUAGAAGAGUGUUGAUCAUUUGGCACUUGGAGCCGGACAACCAUAAAAGCACGGCCAUCGGUGAAAGCAGUGUUUUCAAUCGAACAGUCGGAAACCACCCUCGUUCAGAAAGCGAACUUUAACAGCAGCUGGGACAAUAAUUUGUGCAAUACCCUCUCCCCUCCCUCCCCACCCAUCACCCCCCCCCCUCACAAAAAAACCCACAAAUAUUGUGGCUUCAUUUUUUUUUGCACUACGUUUCACUAAUAUUCCUCAAUGGAAGUCAGAUGCAAUCGAGAGCCAAUAAUGGAAGCGGAGUCGAGCAAAGGUUUGAAGAAUGGACUCCGAGAAGGGAAAGAAACCAGCUCGAAUUCACGGGAUUCUCACGGAAACCUCCGGAAUUGUUUGAUGCAGGACCAGCAGGAGACUUUCUCAGCUUCUGCAGUCUCCGAUGACUGCAAUAAAACAAAAUCUAGUAGUAGUGACCCGGACUAUUGUAGACGAAUUCUUGUAAGAGAUGCCAAGGGAUCCAUAAGAGAAAUCAUUCUACCUAAAGGGUUGGACCUUGAUCGGCCCAAACGCACCCGAACGUCUUUCACCGCGGAGCAGCUGUACCGCUUGGAAAUGGAGUUCCAGCGUUGUCAGUACGUUGUGGGACGCGAGAGAACGGAACUGGCUCGACAGCUCAACUUGUCUGAAACUCAGGUGAAAGUCUGGUUCCAAAACCGACGCACGAAGCAGAAAAAGGAUCAAGGGAAGGAUUCUGAUGUUCGCUCAACCGCUUCCGAGACGGCGGCAACAUGCAGCGUGUUACGGCUCCUUGAACAAGGGAGGCUGCUGUCCCCGCCGGGUUUAUCUGGUCUCCUGCCCUGCUCCUCCAGCACUCUGGGUUCAGCUCUGUGUGCCCCCGUAGUGGGCCUUGGCACCACACUGGGCACCUCGUCACUCACUGCGGGAACAUCAGGGGCACCGACACUGACCACCACCCAUCCCGGACACAAUGUUUUUAAUAUGCCGGUACCGUCUCUUCUCGGGACUGUAAGCACCAGGCUCGCCUCGCCCAUAACUGUAACCGGGUCAUUGACGGGGAACUUGCAGGAAUUGUCCGCUCGAUACUUGAGCUCUUCCGCUUUCGAGCCCUACUCCAGAAACGGCAAAAGAGAAACGAUGGACAAAAAAAUAAUGGACUGACAGAAAUCUUCAGGAAACGGCAUUUUAAUUGUUGACCCGUGAGGCUGAAUUUAAAAAUAUUGAAAAUUAACAUUCACGUAGCAUACAUAAAUAUGGUCAAUUCCUAAUUCGAUCAGUUUAGAUUAAUUUGUAAAAGGCAGAAUCAACCUAUCCACGAUCCAUACGUUAAAUUGUGAUGAAAUUGUUAACUCUCACGUCAAUUUUAAAGCGACCAUACUGCAGCCCUUUAAAUACUAGACAUCACAGUUUCACAGCUCUGGUAACUACUGUAUGCGAGUUGGUACACAUCCCAAACAACUUAGUUUACAAAAAAAAUCGAUUAUCGUUUGACCUGUUAAGUAGAACAGCAGGAUUUUGGAUAUUUUUGAAUUGCAGCUUAGGUAAGUCAGCCAACAACAUCAACAAAAACUUUUUUUUUUAAAAAGAAUUUGGUUUCUCCUGAAGGAUAAAAGAAAAGUAUUUGGUGUUCAUGUUUCCCGUUCUAGCUCUGUAAGGUACGUCCUGAAUGGCAAUUGUUCAGUGUCUGGUCUUGUAUGAGAAGUGUAUAUCGUUUUGAAUCUGUGCCGCCAAACUCCAGAUGUUAUGAUGUAUAGCUUUUAUUAUAGUAUAAUAAUUUCAAAGAAGCAAAAUCUGAAACUGUAUUUUAUUGUAAAUUAUUGAUUAACGUCCGUGAUUAAUAGACUAAUGGUUUAAUGAAAAGACGGUGAGUGUAUUUAAAGUUAAUAGAGACAAAUGAAAGCCCUUGCUACUAACUUGAUCUGUAUUUUGUCGUUUGUUAUCUUAUGCAUGUCGUAAGAGUGAAAAUAUACGUGAGCCUGAAAUGUUAACAAGUUGUGUUUUUUAUUUAAAAACAAGUUUAAUAUGAACUCUGGUGAUUGCCAACACCAUAAAAUUACUAGGCCUGUCUGUACAAAUGCAUAAAAUAUUGCUAAGUAACCAUAUUUAAGACAAGGCACAUCACAGUGGGCUUUAGUAUUUCAAAAAUAACGUUAAUAGCGGAUGUCAUUUGCGGCUCUACAUUCAUGUGUUUUUUUUCCAUUGUACCAUAUUAAUUUAGGAAUCACGUGAUAAUCUUGUUUUUGGUCAUUAUCAGUCAUCAAACCCCACACCUAUAAAUUGGAAAUUGCUAAAUUAUCUUCAGCAUAAAGUAGUAGCCAUAAUGAUUGUUGUAAACGAAGAUAACCAUAUAAUCAAAGAGUCCGCUCCGCCACUUCUUUUAAAUAAAGAUGGGAAAGCAUUCAUUGCAGACAAUAGGAGGUUUACACAUCUUUAUGAAAAGGGACCCGGCCACUGAAAUCAAUAAUAGGUACAGAUUCAAAUAAAACGUUAGGAUGUAUGUUUCUUUAUAUUUAACAUUUACAUUAUAUAGACACCCGUGAAUAUUAUGUAUGGUUUAUAGAUAACUAUGUAGAAAUCAGAGUUCAAUAUGAGUUUAAUGAGCAAACACAUUUUGACGAGAAAUAAUAGUGCUCGGUGUGUGUUGACUCCCUGGUAUCUGACGUCAGCCUCUUGCCCUAAUCACCACAGUUACCAAUUUCCAACACGCCAGUCAGUGCUCCAGCAGCUUUCAAAUUUACUGAAUAUAAACAUUGGCAGAUGAGGUUUUAAACAAAUAUUAAGAAGUUACACAAAUAUCACAACUCCAGCAUCAGAAUAUGUCUAAUGUUGCUUUCUUUAAAAAACACACGCAAAUGUAAGGGUUAAGUUGCAAUAAACAGGAUCUAGUUUACAUUAACUGCCAAAUGCAUUCAAACUGGACAGGAUUGUCCUUCAAUUUUUGUUGUUUGCUUCGGGAAUUUUUAAUUACAGAUUUUUAAGAAGUGGGGGAGGUAACAUUUUCUAAUCAACCCUUGAUAUUUUCACCAAAAAGCGGACAAGAUAUUUAACCUAGAGGUCCAACAGGUGACAAAGGACGUUCUCGGCACUGCACUGUACCAGACAUCUUGAAAGUAGUCUGUGUUUGGCAUAUGUAAAACUUAGCCAAGAUUUGUGAUUGUGAAACAACAAAGGACUUAUUUCUAACAGAGAUCCCUGCUGCUGCAUCGGAGUUGUUCCAAAGAUUCUCCUUGGUUAGAAAUACACAUUUGAGACAACUUCAAAAUUAUA